AUCAGUCGGUAAAGAUCCGCGUAUAGCUUAGCGCGUGUUACGCAGAGCAGAGUGGACAACAUGUUGCUGAGUGUUGUGGUGGGAGCGGCCGUAGCGGUCCUAACGUACAAACUUGCUAGACUUAUCAUUGAAGGUGGCCAAUUUCGGAAGAACACACGAUGCGAUGGAAAGGUGAUCCUCAUAACCGGGGCCAACACCGGUAUCGGUAAGGAAACGGCCCGUGAGCUGCUGAAGCGUGGCGGCAAGGUGUACAUUGCUUGCCGGUCGUUGGACCGUGCUAACGAGGCGCGUAGCGAUAUCAUUGCACAGACAGGACUGGGCGAUAUACACGUGCGCGAACUGGAUCUUGCGUCUAUGGACUCGAUUCGGAAGUUUUCCAAGGGGUUCCUCGAGGAGGAGAAGCGAUUAGAUCUUCUGAUCAAUAAUGCAGGUGUAAUGGCAUGCCCGAAGGCACUCACCAAGGAUGGCUUCGAGCAGCAGCUGGGGGUGAAUCAUCUGGGACACUUCCUGCUGACGAAUCUACUGUUGGACCGAUUGAAGGAAUCGGCACCAAGUCGAAUCAUCAAUCUGUCUAGCCUCGCGCACAAGUACGGCAAGAUCAACCGGAAAGAUCUGAACAGUGUGCACUCGUACAACCAGGUAACGGCCUACUGCCAAAGCAAGCUGGCCAACGUGAUGUUCACAAGGGAGUUGGCGAAACGUCUACAAGGUACGGGUGUAACGGCAUACGCCGUUCAUCCCGGUACGGUCGAUACGGAUCUGCCACGUCACAUGGGAUCUUUGUUCUUCCUCUUCGAUCACAAACUAGUGAAACCUUUGCUUCGGGUGGCCUUUAAAACACCGCUGUCUGGAGCUCAAACUACGCUCUACACUGCACUGGACGAAGAUUUGGCAACGGAAAGCGGCAAAUACUAUGCUGACUGUCGUGAACAUAAGUUAAGCAAGUACGCACGUAAUGAUGAGAUGGCCGCAUGGCUUUGGGAGGAAAGUUCACGAAUGACGCGGCUCGAAUCGUGAGUGGAAACGUGAAAAACACAC